AUGGUGGAGUCUAAGAUGAUAACAUUAGCGACUGCUAGUGAAGAAGCAAGUUGGUUAAGAUGCUUGCUAGCUGAGAUCUCUUUAUGGGAAAAACAUAUGUCAGAUGUGUUGGUCCAUUGUGAUAGUACCACGACUAUUGUAAAAAUCGAGAAUCAUUUUUAUAAUGGUAAAAGACAUCAAAUUAGAAGAAAGCAUAACAUUGUUAGAGACUGUAUCUUUAAAGGAGCUGUAAAAGUGGAUCAUGUAUGCACUGAUGAAAAUAUAGCAGAUUCUUUGACAAAAAAAUUAGCUAGAGAGAAAAUCUAUCAAUAUAAACAAAAUAUAUAA